AUGUAUCAGUUGGCGUUGGCUCCUCCUCGUACACAUAUAAUUGUUUCAAUCAGAUCGAUAUUAAUGAUGGCACCAAUAUUCUGCAGCAGCAGUAGUACUAGUGGGCAAAAUCAUCGGGCGUUUCCAUUCAAUCACGUCCUGCAUUUCCUCUUCUUUGUUAUUGGUUUGUCACUCGGCAUCCUAGUUACCUUAUACUUCCAGAGUUACUCAUUACUCACUUUUCAAGCAUCCCUCAACUCCAUUAAUAAUUUUAUUAACAUUCCACUAAAACCAUCACCCCCAUCACCACCGAAAUCACCAACUCCACCUCCACCUCCACCACCGCCAGUUCUGGUACCGUCUUUCUCUACAAUUAAUGAAACAUCAUCAUCAGUAUCUGUUAAUUACAGUAGCAGUCCCAGUACUAGUGUUUCUUUGAAAGAACAAAAGCUGUUAGUACACAACAUGAGCGAUGAGGAGUUACUUUGGAGAGCAUCCAUGGCCCCUCAAGUUGAUUCGCCUUACAACUCUGUUCCAAAAGUGGCUUUCAUGUUCUUGACAAAAGGGCCACUACCUUUGGCUCCCUUAUGGGACAAAUUUUUCAAGGGACACGAGGGUCUAUACUCCAUCUAUGUGCACGCGCACCCUUCUUUCAAUGAAUCGCAGCCUCAAACUUCGGUCUUCCAUGGUCGAAGAAUUCAUAGCCAGGCCGUUUAUUGGGGAACUUCCUUGAUGUUGGAUGCAGAGCGACGGCUAUUAGCGAAUGCACUGCUUGACUUGUCCAAUCAAAGAUUUGUAUUGCUUUCCGAAUCUUGCAUUCCCUUGCUUAACUUCACGACAACUUAUGACUACCUUAUAAACUCAAAUCAAAGCUUUCUAAGCGUAUACGAUGACCCGAGGAAGCCUGGUCGAGGGCGCUACAACCCUCAAAUGUGGCCACAAAUAAACAUCACAGAUUGGCGGAAAGGAUCUCAAUGGUUUGAAGUGCACCGAGACCUGGCCGUCCACAUUGUCUCCGAUCGGAAAUACUACCCCAUCUUUCAACAAUACUGCCACCCUCCUUGUUAUAUCGAUGAGCAUUAUAUUCCAACAUUCGUCAACAUGUUGUAUGCUGAUCUCAACUCUGAGAGAAGCAUUACUGAUAGAAGCAUUUUAAUGUGAUAUUUUAAUAGUUAAUUCCUCACAUUUUGCUUAGUUAAUUCCUUAACGAAUCGAUUUUUAAUUCAAUUUUUAUUUUUAGGUACAUUGGAGUAGAUGAUGAUGAAAUAAGUGUUAGGUCCAUAAAAUGAUGGAGAAAAAUGGAAAUGCACUAAAAAGGUCAACUUUACACAUUUUCCUACUCCGGCUAGGAGAAACCAAGCCAAGCAAGGAAGAAGGAGCGACCACCUGACCAAAUGAACUUCAAAUGAGCUGAAACCUUCCAGAUCCAUUCUAGACAUCCUAAGAAACAUUUCUUAUGAAGAGUGCAAGAGCCAAAAAGAAGUGGAAGGCCUUCAAACAGUCAGCCCAAUUUUCUGCAGAAGCAAAACUGGAAAACUGGACCUGUAAGGAGUCCAGCAGAAAUUCCGGCCCAAACACAUGGAGAUAAAUUCUGAAAAUUUUACAGAAUGAUCUACACUCAUGAUGGAUCAUUUCAAAUGAAGAAGUCACGGGCAAAAUCUGAAGUCUUGGUGGAGAAUUAAUUGAAGGAAAAAUGAGUAGAAAGUGACUCAAACCUAACAAAUUCCAUUAGUGUUUAAAUAUUCAAACCUAACAAAUUCCAUUAGUGUUUAAAUGCUCAAACCUAAUAAAUUCCAUUAAUGUUUAAAUGCUCAAACCUAACAUAUCAUCAUUUGUUUAAAUCCAAAUAGUU